AGCAGAAACCUCCCAUCAUCCACUCCCUUUCCUUUGAAGAUUUCAACUUGGGUGAAUUUUCCUCAGAAAUAGCUCAAGAGAAGAUAAGGGAGACGAGCAUGGAAACAGGCAAAUGACAACCCAUAUUCAAAUUUUGUUUAUUUGUUCAUAUCAUAUAUUGUAAAUUUAUCUCUAUCUCCGUCUCUGUCUCUAUCUCAACUUGCUUUCUUGUGUUUCUUAUUUUCUUGAUCUGUAAAUAAAUUUCGGCUCUCCGUGUUGACCUUCUUUGCACUCUCUUGCCAUUUCUCUUGUCAUUUCAACAGAUUAAGCCCUUUUUUGUCAUAUCUUGGCUAUUUAAUCCCUUCAUAAUUCUAAGAUACAAGUCUUUUCUGGAAUUUCUCAUAUGGAUCUACUCUCUCUUGUUCAAAACCUAAAAACUGUUUGAUUUUUUUUGCCAACACCCAACAGGGACCCUUUUGUGCUCUUUAUCUGUUGCUCUAUUUUGCGAGAGAAAUUGGCCAAUUCUUGAUCGAAAACCUUAUAAUCGAAAAGGCCCAAAUCUUGAUUGUUCUUCUGUGAAGAACUGGGUGUGUUGUUAUUUUUUUUAUUUAUUUUUGGAAUUGAAGGAUAAUGAUGAUGAUAACGAUGGAGGGAAUGAUGGAUAAGGGAGUAUUGGAUGAUAUAAUUAGGAGGCUAUUGGAAGGGAAAGGAGGCAAGCAGGUACAGCUAUCAGAGGGAGAGAUCCGCCAACUAUGCGUUAAUGCUCGCCAAAUCUUCCUUUCUCAGCCCAUUCUAGUCGAGAUUCAUGCUCCCAUCCGCAUAUGUGGUGAUAUACAUGGGCAAUAUCAGGACCUAUUGAGGCUAUUUGAAUAUGGUGGCUAUCCACCUACUGCAAACUACCUCUUUCUUGGGGAUUAUGUAGAUCGAGGCAAGCAAAGUUUGGAGACCAUUUGUUUGCUCUUGGCCUACAAGAUAAGAUAUCCUGACAGAGUUUAUCUGUUGAGGGGAAACCAUGAAGAUGCGAAGAUCAAUCGUAUUUAUGGAUUUUACGAUGAGUGUAAAAGGAGAUUUAAUGUUAGGCUUUGGAAAAUAUUUACCGAUUGCUUUAAUUCUUUGCCUGUGGCUGCACUUAUUGAUGAGAAGAUACUUUGUAUGCAUGGGGGGCUAUCUCCGGAACUAGAAAAUUUAGAUCAAAUAAGGGAGCUUCCGAGGCCAACUGAAAUUCCAGAUAACGGUCUUCUCUGUGAUCUUCUUUGGUCUGAUCCUGAUCCAAAGCUCGAGGGCUGGGGACAUAGUGACAGAGGUGUUUCAUGUACUUUUGGUGCUGAUAGGGUUGCUGAGUUUUUGGAGAAGAACGAUCUUGAUCUCAUUUGUCGGGGUCAUCAGGUGGUAGAGGAUGGUUAUGAGUUUUUCGCCAAACGAAGAUUGGUCACAAUAUUCUCAGCUCCAAACUAUGGCGGGGAGUUUGAUAAUGCCGGUGCUCUAUUGAGUGUCGAUGAAGGUCUAGUGUGUUCCUUUGAGAUAUUGAAACCAGUUUUUGAGACUAAAGCGUCACCUGGUGGUUCAAAGGGGACUCUCAAGAAGGUUCCUAAAGCUGGGAGGGUCUAAAGUUUGGAGUAUGGGAGAAGCAUUUCAGUUUUAGGAGAUUUCGAGAGCUCGAUUCGUGCCAGAGAUUACUUGUUCACAUGCUGCUUGCCAAAGAAGAAGCCUUUCCUAUCAUUGAAGCUUGUCGAUAACUCGAGUCACGAUUGAAAUCAGUAUAGGAAAUCUGUAAAUCCACAGCACACCAUGCUGUCUUUUUGUUCAGGAAAUGAAAUUUUGCAUUGUCUACGGCCCCCGCCGCCCCCCCCCCCCCCACCCCCACUUGUUGCAUUGUGUGAUGAACUUGUUAUAUUAUGAAUAUGUGAGUAAUGGUUGAGGAUGGUAUGCCUUGAUCUUUUUGUCCAA